AAAGCGAUGUUUUGUUCAAUCUAUCAAAAAAUUGAGAAUCUCUCAGGAGAUAUGAAUGAUUCAUAAUUUUUAUUUAAAUGGUGAAAAAUUAGUUACUCGCAAUAUAUUCGUUUCUUAGCAUGGAUUCAUCGAGAAGAAAUAACCCUGAUAAUCAAAGGUGUAUACUCGGCUUGCAAGAUUUGAAGUUAACAAACAAAGAUGAGGAUGGAACUGAGCAAGCGCACCGCGGCGGCGCAACAUCGAAUCCUGGCACAUUAGGAAAAGCUCGCCCUGUGGGUGCGAUCGAAAGCUUCGUGCUAGAUAAUACACAAAAUAACCGCCAAGAUUAUAGCUUUUAUGAGAGAUCUAACGUCAUAGCUGCAUCGAAAUUUGCGACCCCAAAACGAGUGGAAACUAUCGCUUCCCUGAACAAACGUGAUAUCAACACAACAGCCUUACCAUCAAGCCCCACAAGAUCAAUUGAUUCGUUAUCGCUAAGGUCACUCAGCUAUCAGACCGAAGAUUUGUAUGAGAUACCUUCAAAUCCAAACUCACAAUACCCACCGCCAGUAUAUGAAAAUAUUGACUAUUACGGAGAACAGAGAUCGCCUCAACCACCCUAUUAUCACCCUCUAUAUCAAAAAGGGCCAGUGCCCCCUGUCUCACAAGGCUACUAUGAUACACGUUACAGCAAAGCUCAACCACAAGUGCCAGUAAACUCUAAACUAAAUCCUAAACCAUCAGUUUACGAAAACAUGCUCUGUAACGACAGUACUGCUGAUAAGAAAAGUGAGUUUAAAGUACCACAAAGUCAUGACCAACGCUUUAUUCAGCAGGGUUCAGUACCUGGUCCUCAAGUGCCUAACGCUAGUGUUAAUAGAAACAUGUCACAGAUGUUUCAUGACAAAGUAAAAAUAGAUAAACCACCUCCACCACCAUAUAGCUCAGCUCAAGACAACCCUGGUAGUGAUUACACAGUUAUGAAAUCUGCCCCUCCUAAAUACACAGAUGUUAGUGCAUUAUUGAAAGCUGAUAGUGUUGUUAGUUUUGAUGACAAAGUUGUAAAAUUUCCAUCUACAGCCAUAUAUGCAUCAAUAGCUCCGAGCGCUCAGAGACCAAAAGCAAACAUUGCUACUGAAGUUCAAAUUGCAACAGCUAGUCCUAAAUUUUUCCACCCUAAGCCCAAUAUUGCUAAUCAGAUUGGGAAAGACAAACCACCAAUAAGUAAUGGUGGAUAUACUGCUAAAUCAAACAUAGUUGGCAGUAAGAUGCAGAUAGUUGAGGACACAAACAGUUCUGAUUAUGUAUGCAUGACUGGAGGGACCCCAGCCACAGCUGUGGCUGCUGCCAAAAGAGAUAUUUUGCCUCAAGCUACAGACACCUUGCCACCACCUAGAGGAUUAGUAUCUGGUCUUACAUCACUAUGCUCACCGGCACAGUCUCCUGCACCUAGCCCUACACCAAGUUCUGUAUCUCAAAUGUCAGGUGGUUCUAGAGGCUCAGGUGGUCGUGGGAAAAGCCUUUUACCUUACAGUAUCACUCCACCACGUCCGUCUGGCCCAAGCGAGGCUCAGCGUAAAAUAGAAGAAAUGACUAGGCAAUUAGAAGAGGAAAUGGAAAGGCAAGAUGAAGAGGGAGAGUACUUUGGAAUCUGUCACAUAUGUGGUGCAGGGGUGACAGGAGCUGUCCAAGCCUGCCAAGCUAUGGGUAACCUAUACCAUACCAACUGCUUUAUCUGUUGUUCAUGUGGACGAGCUUUGCGUGGCAAAGCCUUCUAUAAUGUACAUGGAAAAGUUUAUUGUGAAGAAGAUUAUUUGUACUCUGGAUUUCAACAAACUGCUGAAAAAUGUGCCAUCUGUGGGCAUCUAAUAAUGGAAAUGAUACUACAAGCUAUGGGCAAGUCAUAUCAUCCAGGGUGUUUCCGUUGCUGUGUGUGCAAUGAAUGUUUGGAUGGUGUGCCAUUCACAGUGGAUGUUGAUAACAAAAUAUACUGUGUUAAUGACUAUCACCGAAUGUUUGCUCCUAAAUGUGCUAGUUGUGGAAAAGGUAUCACACCAGUAGAAGGCACAGAUGAGACAGUAAGAGUUGUGUCUAUGGACAGAGACUUCCAUGUUGACUGCUAUAUGUGUUGUGUGUGCGGUAUGCAACUUACUGAUGAACCAGACAAACGAUGCUAUCCCUUAGCAGGACGGUUGAUGUGUCGGGCAUGUCACCUGGCCACCAUUGGCGCUGCCUCUGGUCCCGGGCAACCGCCCGCGCCCCACCUGUCGCCCGCCUCCUACCAGUACAUGGGCUGACUCCGCUCUCCCUCGAAGCUUCAAGUAAAACCAUCAUUGGACUUCUAUGUUCGAUACAUCCAUGUAUAAUUAGCACCGGAGGCCUAAAACUUUUUGCUGAUCCUUUAAUAUCCGGUUUUAUAGAUUGUUUUUAAUGGUUAGUAGCAAAUAAACCAUUAUUAGACGUUGCAUAACUCAAUUUUUGAUAUGCAAAAACUAUGCCUAAGGUCUAAUCUAUUUCUAAUAAUUAUUCGGGAAUAACUUGCUAAACCCACUUGAUAUUUUUUUUUAUUGACAAUACUGAGUGCAAUUUUAACGGCAUCGUCGUAGCUAAAGUUCGUAGAAAUUUUAUAAUGUCCUAAGGUAGUUUAUGUAUAAUGAGAUAUGAUAUUGAAAAAGUGCAACAUGCUACGCCGACAUCCUUGGUAGCUAUUAUGAAUUUUGUGGACUUCCACCGAGGUCAGGUAAUGAUAGAAGGUUGAAUACUGGCUUCAUGUAUAAAGCUGCAAUUAUAUAUAGCCCAUGCGGCCUGUCGCCAUGCGUGGGUCAUCAAUCUGUUUCAUAUUACCACGAUACGUGGGAUGGGACUAUUCUAAUAUGAAAGGAAUUCCCUAACCCACACGUGGUGACAUGAUAUAUUAUUGUGGUUUAAUGUAGCUUUAAUAAUAAUUGUAAGCAUUCGACUGCUUUAGCGUAUGUAACAGUGAUACCGAAUGCUACCUUGCGUCAUUUAUGUAAUUAUUUAUGCAGUAAGUAUUUAUUAAUUGCGGGAAGUAUGCAGUUUUCCGUUUUUAUAGACAAGGGGAGUAAGUUUGUAGGAGAUUAGAAUUGAAUAUAGUUGUAAGUUAUUAAAUAAUAAAGAUUCAUAAUUGUUACAUUAUUAAUAAUAAAGUGAUUUGCCAAUCGAUGUUAUUUGUGAUAUAAAUGAUUUUCUAUCAGACUUUUCAGUGCAAUUCAUUGUAAUAACGAAAGGCAGCAUUAGUAGUAUUCUAAAAACUACUUUAUAUGCAUUGAGAAUAUUAUCGGUUUUUAAUUCUCAAACAUAAGUAGGUACUCAUAGUUUUAGUGUUCCAGUUUGUCAUGUUACAAGGCUAAUUUUUGUUUAAGAUAUGAUAUCUUUAUUUAGUACAAAUAAUUAAAAAUAUAAAAAUAAAAUUCCUAAAUUGUAAAUCAUAUGAAUUCACCUUUACAUAUUGCAGUAUGUUACCCUUUUAUGCUUAUAACUUAACAAACCAUAUUUAUACUAAUAUUGACGCAAAAUAUCUAAACUGUAUGAAUGUUAUAG